CCAGCCCUUCCACUUGUGCCCUUCACAAACCAAGUGGGCGGCCAUGCGUCUUUUCUUCGCUUCUCUAAUAAGGCAAUCUGUAAACCUGUCUCCCAGAACGAACAAGUGUUUUACGAAUAUAUUGAAAUACACCAUCCAGAAGUCUUGCCUUAUAUUCCUGCUUACCUAGGUGUACUGAAUGCGCUGCGACCAUCACAGGCUGUCCCUGGAAAGUAUAUUCUCUUGGAGGAUCUUACAGACGGUCUCCAAGCGCCUUGUAUCCUUGACAUCAAGAUGGGUACUCGACAAUAUGGCGUUUGGGUCACUGAGAAGAAGAUGAAAAGUCAGACACGUAAAUGUCAAAAGACAACAAGUUACGAAACGGGCAUUAGGAUCUGUGGCAUGCAGGUUUACAACGUCACAACUGGCCGCUUCCUGUUCCAAGACAAAUAUUAUGGUCGGAAGCUGACAAAAGAAACAUUACCACUCACCUUGCGCGAAUUCUUAUUUAACGGAGAGAAAGUUAUCCUGAACCAUAUUCCACCGCUGCAGAGGAAGUUGAGGGGUCUUGCCAGGAUCAUCAAGAACCUCGUAGGAUACCGCUUUUAUUCCAGCAGUCUACUCAUUUACUAUGACGGAGAUCAUUGCAGGACAGAUCUUAAAGUCAUUGAUUUUGCGCAUUGUACAGCGGGUAUUUUCGAAGAGGGUAACAUACCGCCCUACCCGCCGAUGCAUCCAGAUGAGCCUGACAAAGGAUAUUUGCUCGGCUUGAAGAACCUAAUGAUGAUUUUCCGCGAUAUCUGGGACCAAAAUGGUGGCGAUAAGGCGAUUUCACAGGCAUGGCUCAAGGAGGAAGAGGAACUUUGGGCAGGAGUCUGGGACUAA